AUGGCAACAACAGUAGAACAGGCCUUUCAGGCAAAUGCAGCGGCAGUUGUGCGAGACUAUUACGUUGAACCACGAAUUGAUUAUCGUACGAUUUCAGGUGUAAAUGGACCGCUCGUCAUUCUAGAGAAUGUUAAGCUGCCCAAAUUCGCUGAAAUUGUCAAUUUGACAUUGGCCAGUGGUGAAAAACGUCAGGGUAAAGUACUUGAAGUACAGGGAAGCAAAGCUGUUGUUCAAGUCUUUGAAGGAACGGAUGGUAUUGAUAAUCGUCAUACGCACUGUGAAUUCACGGGUGAUGUGCUCAAGAUGGCCAUCUCUGAAGAAAUGCUGGGUCGCGCCUUUAAUGGUUCUGGUAAAGCUAUCGACGGCGCCCCUGCUGUUGUAGCUGAGGAAUACUUGGACAUUGAAGGACAACCGAUUAAUCCGUCGUGUCGUGACUACCCCAAGGAGAUGAUCCAGACGGGUAUCUCUGCUAUUGAUGUGAUGAACUCCAUCGCUCGUGGACAAAAGAUUCCGCUCUUUUCUGCUGCUGGUUUACCCCACAACGAGAUUGCUGCACAAAUUGUGCGUCAGGCUGGUCUGGUGCAGCGCAAGGACGUCAUAGACUCGCAUGAGGACAACUUUGCCAUUGUUUUUGGCGCUAUGGGCGUUAACAUGGAGACGGCCCGAUUCUUCCGUAAUGAUUUCGAAGAGAGUGGAUCUAUGCAAAAGACGGCGCUCUUCAUGAACCUAGCUAACGACCCUACUAUUGAACGUAUUGUGACGCCGCGUCUGGCGUUGACCACUGCUGAGUAUCUUGCCUACGAGCGCGACCUUCACGUGUUGGUCAUUCUGACGGAUAUGAGUUCGUAUGCCGACGCUCUUCGUGAAGUCUCUGCAGCGCGUGAAGAAGUGCCCGGACGACGUGGUUACCCCGGUUACAUGUAUACGGAUCUGUCGACACUAUACGAGCGUGCUGGUCGGGUGACAGGCCGCAAUGGAUCCAUCACGCAACUGCCCAUUCUGACCAUGCCCAACGAUGAUAUCACGCACCCCAUUCCGGAUCUGACGGGCUAUAUUACAGAGGGACAGAUUUAUGUGGAUCGCCAGUUGCACAACCGUCAGAUCUUCCCGCCCAUUAACGUGCUGCCGUCACUGUCGCGUCUAAUGAAGAGUGCUAUUGGCGACGGUAUGACGCGUGACGACCACAGCGCCGUGUCGAACCAGCUGUAUGCCAGUUAUGCUACUGGCAAGGAUGUUCAGGCCAUGAAGGCUGUAGUUGGUGAAGAAGCGUUGUCGCUGGAAGAUCACCUGUACCUGAAGUUCACGGACAAAUUCGAAAGCAAGUUCAUCGCACAGGGCCCAUACCAGUCGCGUGAUAUCUUCGAGUCGUUGGACCUCGCAUGGUCGCUUUUCCGUGCGUUCCCGAAAGAGCUGCUCAAAAAGAUCCCGAAGAAGCAUUUGGACACGUACUAUGCGCGUCGGACGCAAACACGUGAGGAGAAAGAAGAGCGGAUUGCUUGCGCCUCCGUCGUCGAUUGGCUGGUGGCGGCUGUGCAGGUUGCCACUCAGGAUCUGAAUGUUGAAGCACGAGACGGCAUUGACGAACACUAA